AGCAAGCAACCAAAGAGAAAAAAAGGAGGAGGACGCAACAAGGAAGACAAGCAAGGGAUAAAUGGCUUGUCAACAGUGGCGACCUGACAAGGGACGAUUCCUCAAAAGCUACGGAAUCGGACUCCUCUUGUGUACGGACCUUUUUUUGCAGUGUGUCAAUGGAUAUCUGAGCUCCCCGCACGUCGGCCAGGAUCCCUCGUACGCCAGAGAAGCCCAACAUGGCCCGGUUAUCACCAGCCCGGUGGUGCCUGCUGCAGCCACGGCUUCUCCCGCUGGUAAUGAUGAGAGCUAUGCCUUCAAAUGUCCCAGUGGGGGACUUUGCACUCGCUUGCCCGCUGAUUGCGUGCAGUGCAAUUAUCAACACAAUUGCACCUACGGGAAACCAACUUCCUUCUCCUGUAAAGCCAAAAAAGGCAUUCACUGUGUUGGAGAGUUUGGCCAACAGCAAAGCAACUUCUCUCUUUCCGUCACCUGUCAGUUCUGUUGGCAGCUGGACUCGAGGCAGUACCGCUGCUCCAACUCCACCAGUUGCAUGACUGUGGCCUGCCCCCGGCAGCGCUACAAUGCCACCUGUGAUGUCUUGGAACACGUUCACUGUUUAGGCAAAAGGCGUUUUCAGAAGCGUUUGUAUUGCAACUGGACUGGGGGAUACAAGUGGUCCACGGCGUUGGCGCUCAGCAUCACACUGGGCGGUUUUGGGGCGGACCGCUUUUACCUGGGCCAGUGGAGAGAGGGUCUGGGCAAGCUCUUCAGCUUCGGAGGACUGGGCAUUUGGACUUUGAUAGACGUGCUUCUCAUCGCCGUGGGUUACGUGGGCCCGGCGGACGGUUCUCUUUACAUCUAAAAAAAAAACCCCAACAAUGUUACGAUGUUUGAGACACGGCUCGUGCUCCAAGGAUUGAUGAUCUACUGACACUGCGUUGUCAGUACCUCCCCGGCAUUCCCAUCUGCUAACACGCAGGAAGUGUUUUCCUGCCUCACACCCGAGGAUGAAGAUGAGUGUGUGCCUGUGCAUACACACACACUCACGCUCACACACACAUACAGCAGCUCCAUCCCAAUCAGCCUCCUCUGGUGCGAGCGUGCAGAUGGAGUGCUGCACUGCCACCAGGAACCGGCAAUUACAUCCUGGCGGGAGCUCGCUCCGUGAAGGCAGCUGCCAAAAUGGUCUCAGACCGCCAAACUGCGAUGGCUGGUUUUCUUUCACCGAGCGCAAGGUGGAUAAAAUUGACGCAGACGCCAUCAGGUGACAUGCUGAGCGAUACAAUGUGUCACAAAUGUAAAGAACUUCACCCCCUGCCCGUCACUCUACAGUAUUGUCAUAAAAAUAUUAUUUCGGCAAAAGUUGAUCCUUUCACACUGCCGAUAAAAAAAAAACCUGGCAUUUUUAUCAGCAUUUUCUAAAUAAAUUACGCCCUCGCGGAAUAGGUCGGUGAAGUCAACCCAGCAAAUUUCUGGCAUCAGAGGUAAUGUCAGAGCUGGAACAGAAGUUCAGGCCACAAUUAUAAGAAAAUAAAUCCAAGGAUGGCUUCUCUAUUGUUGGAAAUCAUUCAGCCCCUCUCACACGACUGCUAAAAACUGUCCUUUUCUCUGUUUUUAAGUAUAGCACCAAUGCCGAAUGGCGGGGAUUGAGUCAACUCAGCACUCUUGCAUUUUCAGCGGUAGUGUUUGAGCUGGAAGAGAUGUUCAGGCCACAGCUGUCACAAUUUUCUCUCAUUUUGCUAACUGGAGCUGUCAUCAACUUUGCAAUGCGGCCAACAUGAUCUCUUACUGUGCGUUUGUCCAGAUUAACACUAAUUUGUCACACUUCCUACUAUGAUGCAAAUGCACAACUGAUCGGAUCAUAGGAUUUGACAGGAAGUGACGUCAUAAGCAAGCAUAUUCAGAGCGCUAACCCUCCUCUCACCGCGGGACCUUUUCUUGAAAAUGUUUGCCAUGUGCAAUUGAAUGUUCAUGUGUGUUUAAUUUUUUGUUGAAAACACUGUAAAUAACAUUUCCUGAGUUGUGUAUAAUAAAAUCUUAUCAAAUCUG